GUUAACUCACACAGGAAACAACUCACAGUUUUGCACUCGGUUUUUCUUACUUUAAUAAUAUACCCAAAAUUUAAUGAAAGUAUAAGAUGACGCCUGAUUUAUUUCUUAUAAAUACAACAACAAUAUUUCUUAUAUUGCCACAUAAACCCAUCACUCGUACUAUCUCAUUUACAACUUUACAUUUCUUGGUGCAAAUUCUAAACUUUUUUUUCUUGGAUAACAAACAAACAAACAAAAAAAGGAGAAAGUUUUAUAUUUCUUAGAGAAAAAUUCGGUCCCUUUAUUUUAUAAAUAGUAUAAGAGGUUGAAUUUCUGGGAAAAUAUUAGAAGUUCAAAAGAUGACGAGUACUGCUGGUCAAGUUAUUCGUUGCAAAGCUGCUGUAGCAUGGGAAGCUGGAAAACCCUUGGUGAUGGAAGAAGUGGAGGUUGCUCCUCCACAGAAAAUGGAGGUUCGUGUGAAGAUCCUCUUCACCUCCCUUUGUCAUACUGAUGUCUACUUUUGGGAGGCCAAGGGGCAAACACCAGUGUUUCCUCGGAUUCUCGGUCAUGAAGCUGGAGGAAUUGUGGAAAGUGUUGGAGAGGGUGUGACAGACCUCCAGCCAGGGGACCAUGUCCUGCCUGUUUUCACUGGUGAGUGCAAGGAAUGUGCGCACUGCAAGUCAGAGGAGAGUAACAUGUGUGAUCUUUUGAGGAUCAAUACUGACAGGGGUGUGAUGCUUAAUGACGGAAAAUCGAGGUUUUCAAUCAACGGCAAACCCAUAUUUCAUUUUGUCGGCACAUCCACGUUUAGUGAAUACACAGUGGUUCAUGUUGGUUGCCUGGCUAAGAUCAAUCCUGAAGCACCCCUUGACAAAGUCUGUAUUCUCAGCUGUGGAAUCUCUACAGGUUUUGGUGCCACUGUGAAUGUCGCAAGACCAAAGAAGGGUCAAACAGUUGCUAUUUUCGGCCUAGGAGCUGUUGGGCUUGCGGCUGCUGAGGGUGCCAGAGUUUCUGGUGCAUCAAAGAUCAUAGGGGUGGAUCUGGUUUCUAGUAGGUUUGAAGCAGCAAAGAAGUUUGGUGUGACUGAUUUUGUGAACCCCAAAGACCAUAACAAACCAGUGCAAGAGGUAAUUGCGGAGAUGACCAAUGGAGGUGUGGACCGAAGCGUUGAAUGUACUGGAAAUAUUCAAGCCAUGAUUUCAGCCUUUGAAUGUGUCCAUGAUGGUUGGGGUGUUGCUGUUCUUGUUGGUGUACCCAACAAAGAUGACGCCUUCAAGACGCACCCUGUGAACUUCCUGAACGAGAGGACACUUAAAGGGACUUUCUUCGGAAACUAUAAACCCCGUACUGAUAUUCCAGGGGUCGUGGAGAAGUACAUGAACAAGGAACUUGAGCUGGAUAAAUUUAUCACCCAUGAAGUCGCCUUUAAGGAUAUCAACAAGGCUUUCGACCUUAUGUUGAAAGGUGAAAGUAUCAGGUGCAUUAUCCGCAUGGAUGCAUGAAGUUGAAGAUAGAGCUCUGUUUAUGUUCUUGUGUUAAACGAGUUGUAAGGAUGAAUAAAAAUUAGCAAUGUUUUUUUCUGUAUGAUGUUAAUGGAUAUGGAGGGUUUACUUCUCCCAUAGUAUAUGAGCUUCCGUUGAGAAUUAGUGUUCAAAUUUUUAUAUACCAAAGUUGAGGAAUGAAAGGACCUUGAGUUUAUAUAA